AUGAAGUUCUUCAAUGCCAAAGGCAGCUUGCUGUCAUCAGGAAUUUACCUCAUUGCAUUAACCCCCUUUGUUAACGCCAAAUGCUCUCUUCCAUCGUCCUAUAGUUGGAGUUCAACCGAUGCUCUCGCAACUCCUAAGUCAGGAUGGACCGCACUGAAGGACUUUACUGAUGUUGUCUCGGACGGCAAACAUAUCGUCUAUGCGUCCACUACUGAUGAAGCGGGAAACUAUGGCUCGAUGACCUUUGGCGCCUUCUCAGAGUGGUCGAACAUGGCAUCUGCUAGCCAGACAGCCACCCCCUUCAAUGCCGUGGCUCCUACCCUAUUCUAUUUCAAGCCGAAAAGCAUCUGGGUUCUGGCCUACCAAUGGGGUUCCAGUACAUUCACCUACCGCACCUCCCAAGAUCCCACCAAUGUCAAUGGCUGGUCGUCGGAGCAGGCGCUUUUCACCGGAAAACUCAGCGACUCAAGCACCGGUGCCAUUGACCAGACGGUGAUUGGCGACGAUACGAAUAUGUAUCUCUUCUUUGCCGGCGACAACGGCAAGAUCUACCGAUCCAGCAUGUCCAUCGAUGAAUUUCCCGGAAGCUUCGGCAGCCAGUACGAGGAAAUUCUGAGUGGUGCCACCAACGACCUAUUCGAGGCGGUCCAAGUGUACACGGUUGACGGCGGCGAGGGCAACAGCAAGUACCUCAUGAUCGUUGAGGCGAUCGGGUCCACUGGACAUCGUUAUUUCCGCUCCUUCACGGCCAGCAGUCUCGGUGGAGAGUGGACAGCCCAGGCGGCAAGUGAGGAUAAACCCUUCGCAGGCAAAGCCAACAGUGGCGCCACCUGGACCGAAGACAUUAGCCAUGGUGACUUGGUUCGCAACAACCCUGAUCAAACCAUGACUGUCGAUCCUUGCAACCUCCAGUUGCUCUAUCAGGGCCAUGACCCCAACAGCAGUGGCGACUACAACCUCUUGCCAUGGAAGCCGGGCGUCCUUACCUUGAAGCAGUGA